AUGCUGCCCUUUCAAUCUAAUGUUGGGCGCGAAAUCAAGAAGAUUUCUAGCGCGAGGAAUUCUGGUUCCGGACUGAACGCGAGACAAACUCAAGAACGCUCCAACUCAGAAAGUGUUGCAACAACGGCAAUGGUAUUGGAGAAGACAGAUGCUUUGUUCGCUGAUUUAGAAAAAAACUCGAUCCUUCUAACCGCGAAGCUGCCGCAACAUUUCUCCGUGUCCCAGACAGCAGCAGGAAAUUUUGCUGCUAUUCCACAGGAAGCGAACGCGCUUAAGAAUAGUGUUGCCCAACAACUUGGAGAUCAAGAUUAA